AUGAUAGCUUAUCUAUUUCCAAUGUUAUUUUUGUUUAUUGUCAGUAGGGAAAAAGUACAAGGACAUCCGAAGAAUUUAGCAUGGAGCGGUGGACCUCUACAUGUCGAAUGCGAGCAUGGUGUUGAUCUCUGGAAUAAUGGUGGAAAACAUAUUAAGGAAAAUGUUGUCGCAAUCAAGGCUAUUUUAUUUAAAAAUGAAAUCUACGUCAUGACUCCUCGAUUUAAGCAUGGAGUGCUGGUGACACUGUGGCUGAUAACACACGGUCGUCAAGGAGUGGAGCUUGAAGCUGUUCCAAGUGUAACAUCCCACGCGUUAGGUGACUGCGAGGCGUUGCAGAACGCAGUCGACUGCUAUCUUGACCACUUGGGUAAUCUCUGGGUUCUAGAUAGUGGCAUAAUAGAAACUAUGGAGUCUCCAAGAUGUACCUGUCCGCCUAAAGUUGUGGUCAUCAACCUUGCUCUUAGAAAACUAAUGAAGCGCAUCAAGCUAACCGCAAUAGUAGAAGUCACAUCCCAGCUGCAAAAUAUUGUUGUUGAAUAUGAGAUAGGGGGGAAGAUAUUCGUAUACAUAUCUGAUGCUUCCCGUGGGGCUAUCAUUGUCUACGAUGUAUUUUCCGAAGAUGGGUGGUCUGUGACAGUGUGUGCAUCGGCCUUUGGGAUCCAACUAGCUCUCGUAAAAAAGGGACCAUUACAUGGUACGUCUCUAUUGUUAAGCAGAAUGAAUCACAGAGGUCUUUUGGAACUGGACACUACAUCAUUAAAGAGAAAGAAAAUGCACUCUUCGUUAACAGUGUUAGGUGAAAACGUAAGGCCGAUGUUUCUUCUCGGAUUCGAUGCCCAUCACUUAUAUUUACGACAUGCUGAAUGCGCCGAUGUUUUGUCAUGGGAUACGCGAAAAUCAUACAAUUCGUCCAAUCUUGUAAAUAUUCACUCGGCUGGUCCCCAUAUGACACCCACUUCAGUAUCAUGUGACCCUCUUAAAUAUGUUCUCCUAGUGCUAGAUUCCAAUUACGCGGAGACAGUCCGUGGGAAAAAUGCAACAUACCAUAAAUUAACAUUUAUUGGACAAAUAUAA